UGCUAAAAAGACUAUUAUAACCCCGUAGAGCUUCUUCGAAAGCGAGAGGCAAUUGCAGUAUCAUACGAGGAAAGCCGACCUUUGCGUGAACUGUACCUGAGUUGUCUUCCAUGGCCCUCUUUCUCCGAAGUCCCAAACUCCCUUCCUCUCUCUCUCUUUCUCCCCCCUAUUUAUUCUCUCCCUCCACAUAUCUCUCCCUCAUCCCACACAAACCAUCUCUCCCUUUCUCUCUCUCUCUCUCUCUCUCUCUCUCUCUCCGUCUCUAGAACUUCAGUCUCUCCAAACUUCCUUAAUGGCAUCCGUGAACGAAGCUCAGUUCGAAGACUUGUUGCCAGUUAUGGCUGACAAAUUGGGUGGGGACGGUUUGAUCGGAGAACUCUGCAAUGGGUUUCAAUUGUUGAUGGACGGUGAUAAAGGGGUCAUCACGUUCGAGAGCCUCAAGAGGAACUCUGCCCUGUUGGGUUUGCAGGACUUGACGGAUGGUGAUCUGAUGAGUAUGUUGAAAGAAGGCGAUUUCGACGGUGAUGGAGCCCUCAAUCAGAUGGAGUUCUGCGUUCUCAUGUUCAGAUUAAGCCCUGAUUUGAUGGAUCAAUCUGAAUUUUUGUUAGAAGAAGCUCUCCAACAGGAAUUUAAGCAUUAUUGUUGAUUUUUCUUUACUAAUUUCUCUCUUGUUUACAUAUUAAUCUCUGACUUAUUCAAUUGUCGUUGUUGGCUUCCAAAGUAUACAGAAAAUUAAAGAAAGAAAUGAAUGAAUCGUUGGGCA